AUGGCUCGAGCCCGGCCGCGGCCCCUUCAUGCCCCGCAGGCUCGCCGCCGCCUUCUCCUCCUCCUCCUCUCCGCGCCUCCUCCUCCUCCCUCCGGGCUGCUGCUGCUGCGGCUGGACCCUCUUCUUCUCCCCCGUCGCCACCGGCGGCGGCGGGGCUGCCCCUGCUCCGCCGCUCGGAGGGGCUUCUGGGUCGGAAUCCCGCCUCAGUCACGCCCCGGCGGCCCCGCGCUUGCCCUGGAGGGAGAGGCGCCCGCCUCCGCCUCCGCCGCCGCCGCCUCACGGGGCUGCGUGUCGUCGUGUGAGCGGGGAGCGAGUUGGCCGAGCGCGAGCGCCGCCGCCGCCACCGCCUCUCCCCGCGUGGGCCGCCCACCGCCUCGCACACGCCCCGCGCGCCGCCGCCGCCGCCUCUCCCUCGGCUUCCUCUGCCGCCGUCCGGGGAGACGGGGCGGGGGGGUGACGACGAGGCAGUGGCGGCACCCGGGCGGGGAAGGGAGCCCGGAGGAGGGCGCGGGGGGCGCCGAGGGGCCCGUGGAGAAUGCCGCGGUGGGGAGGGAAGAAAGGCGGGUUUCCAAAGCGUGGGGAAAGGCGAUUAAAAAGCGGGGCAAAGCCACGCCGCCGCACCAGAAAUGGAGAAGAAGCCCACCAGAACUCUGCCCAGGUGUGCCAGCCUACACAGGGAGCUGGGGCUACCUUUGGCCUUCCCAACCAGGCAGAGAAAUCUGUGGCGGCAGCGAUGGCGAUGGCGACACAGCUUCCAAGCCACCCCCCCUGCGUGCCUCUUGCUGCAUUUGCUCGAUUAUGUCCGUCCCGGAGAGGCCUGAAACACUUUGGUCACCUGCGGAAUCCAGGAGACGGGAGAACAGCCUUUACAUAUUGAGAAUGCCUUAACUUCUGAAUUAAUUUUAGGAAAAGCAGGUUAAAACUGUUUGCAGAAAGCAUGCCCCCAAAGCCCUCCCCAACAUUCUUUUGGGGGGUGGGUGGGAUUAUUUUACCUUUAUGAGUAAAUCAGCCCUCGCGUUGCUAGGUACUUAAAAGAUCUGGGGCCUAGCUCCAUAACCCCCCCCAGUAAUUAAUCUGUUUUUUGAUGUCUCUAAUAUACAACACCUAUGAAGAGAGCAGAGAGCUAGAUGAAGCCAGGAGCUCUCUCCUGUGCUCUGUACAGGUGCCACUUCCAUUCUGGGAGAGAUCACAGAAGGAGGAAGGUGGCUGGUGGGGUUUAGGGCUCUGAGCCAUUCAUUGGGGGCCCAUGGCACACCCCUAAUGACACUCUGCUGCUGCCUCCACUGCACUGAUGUGUGAAUGAGGUUGUAACAAUGAUUUACCCCUGCAAAUCUGUUAAUAUUUGUUAAUAUUGAGAGCCAGCGUGGUGUAGUGGCUAGAGUGCUGGACUAGAACCGGGGAGACCCGGGUUCAAAUCCCCAUUCAGCCAUAAUACUUUCUGGGUGACUUUGGGCCAGUCACUUCUCUUUCAGCCUAACCUACUUCACAGGGUUGUUGUGAGGAGAAACUUAAGUAUGUAGUACACCGCUCUGGGCUCCUUGGAGGAAGAGCAGGAUAUAAAAUAUAAAUGUAGAAUAAAUAUAUUUAUACGUUGAUAAAUAUUUACUAUUUAUAAAUUCCCUCAAAGACAUAGGUGCCGAAUAAAAUUAGAAAUGAAACAGAGACACUGGCUGCAGACUUACAGUCUAGUUAGAUUAUAUGUGAUAAUAUGUAUUUCAGACAAAACCUUUUUGAAUAUUAAUUCUACAGUAUGUGGGAAUAAUAUAUAUUCUUGCUGGCAUCCGUGGUGGGCAGCCGCGCUAAUCCAAACUUCAGUGAUCGACAUUGCUUUGCAAUUGGCAUCUUUCAAUAUUUCAUCUGUCAGGGUUCCAGUACUUAAGGCAGCAAUUUGCAAUCGAAUUCAAAGAGCUAAUAAAUCUGUUCAAUGUAAAAUGUAAAGCGUGUAAAUUAAAUGGAUACCUAUAAAAGGCUACCUUUUUGGA